AUGGAGGAAGAGGGGGACCACUGGACGAGCAACGUGUGGCGAAUGGCGGGCUGGGGCGCACUGUUCGUGGCACUGGGGGUGGUGCUGGUAUGUGCAGGCGCCUCGCCCGGCGUGCUGGAGUGCCGCCCUGCCGCCCGCCCCACCCGAGGUAUAGCGGUGGUGCCUGAACUCGAACCUGCCACACACGAGCCGCGGCCGGGCGAGUGCGUGGUGCGGGCCGGGUUCGCGUUCGAGCCGGUGCUGGCGUGGUUGGCCCCGUCCGUGCGCGAUCAGCUGCGUGAUGCCACUGUGGCUCGGUUUCAAGCCAGCGCGUUCCACAACGCGGACGGCGAAGGGCCGGUGACUCUCGUACUUCGUGAUGAGCAUGGUGACGAGACCUUGCUCCCACUCCACCCCCGAUGGACGAUGAGCUCGCGGCAUGGUGCCAAGGUGGCGAAGAGGAUCAACGAGCACUUCCUUCAGCUUCGGAGCGAUGGAGUGGGGUUCAUGUACACCGAGCGAUCCAACACUAUGCUGGUUGGCCUGGGUGUGCUCCUGCCCAGCUUGGCCUUCUAUCGCCGGUCGGCCAGGGCUCGGUGA